GCAGGCGCCCCGAGGAGGCCCCUUCGACCUCGACCGCGCAGGCGCCCCGAGGAAGCUCCCUCUUCCCCGACCUCGCAGGCGCCCCGAGGAGACCCCGCCCCCGCCCCGUUCCCCGGACCGCGCAGGCGCCGCGAGGAGGCCUCUCCGACACCAAUCGCGCGGGCGGCGCUUCCGGGCGAACAUGGCGGUUGCGUUAGUGCUGCUGCGCGAGCUCCGCCGGGGCCCGGGCUUGGGGCGGCUGUGGGGCCCAGGCUCGGGCUGGAACCCUACCCUCUCCGCCGGGGCCGGGACGGGGCGGCCGUACUUGGCCCACAGGCCUCCGGUGGGUGUCGUCGGGGCCGGAGGCCGAGCCCCGCAGAGCUUCCAGUUGCGUCCGCUGUCUCCUGCCUUUGAAAGGAUCAGCAGAUUGUUAUUGACACAACACCUAGUUCAGAAUCCACUCAGACUCUGGCAACUUUUAGGUGGUACUUACUAUUUUAACACCUCCAGGAUGAAGCAGAAGAAUAAGGACAGUGAUAAAUCCAAGGGGAGGACCCCUGAGGAUGAGGAAGAGGAGAGGAGACGGAAGGAGCGGGAGGACCAGAUGUACCGCGAGCGGCUGCGCACCCUGUUCAUCAUCGCUGUCGUCAUGAGCCUGCUGAACGCCCUCAGCACCAGCGGUGGCAACAUUUCCUGGAACGACUUUGUCAAUGAGAUGCUGGCCAAGGGCGAGGUGCAGCGGGUUCAGGUGGUGCCUGAGAGUGAUGUGGUGGAAGUCUACCUGCACCCUGGAGCCGUGGUGUUUGGGCGGCCUCGGCUGGCCUUGAUGUACCGAAUGCAGGUUGCCAAUAUCGACAAGUUUGAAGAGAAGCUUCGAGCGGCUGAAGAUGAGCUGCACAUCGAGGUCAAGGACAGGAUCCCAGUCUCCUACAAGCGUACAGGAUUCUUUGGGAAUGCCCUGUACGCCCUGGGGAUGACAGCGGUGGGCUUGGCCAUCCUGUGGUACGUUUUCCGUCUGGCUGGAAUGACGGGAAGGGAAGGCGGAUUCAGCGCUUUCAACCAGCUUAAGAUGGCUCGCUUUACAGUGGUGGAGGGGAAGAUGGGCAAAGGAGUCAGCUUCACGGACGUGGCAGGAAUGCAUGAAGCCAAACUGGAAGUCCGAGAGUUCGUGGAUUAUCUGAAGAGCCCGGAACGCUUCCUUCAGCUUGGUGCCAAGGUCCCCAAGGGUGCACUGCUGCUCGGCCCUCCUGGCUGUGGGAAGACGCUGCUGGCCAAGGCGGUGGCCACAGAGGCCCAGGUGCCCUUCCUGGCAAUGGCUGGCCCAGAGUUCGUGGAGGUCAUUGGAGGCCUUGGUGCUGCCCGUGUGCGGAGCCUCUUCAAGGAAGCCCGCGCCCGGGCCCCCUGCAUAGUGUACAUCGAUGAGAUCGACGCUGUUGGCAAGAAGCGCUCUACCACCAUGUCUGGUUUCUCCAACACUGAGGAGGAGCAGACACUCAACCAGCUUCUGGUUGAAAUGGACGGAAUGGGCACCACAGACCAUGUCAUCGUCCUGGCGGCCACUAAUCGAGCUGACAUUCUGGACAGCGCUCUGUUGAGGCCGGGCCGGCUAGACCGGCACGUUUUCAUUGAUCUUCCCACACUGCAGGAGAGGCGGGAGAUCUUUGAGCAGCACCUGAAGAGCCUGAAGCUGACCCAGGCUAGCAGCUUUUACUCACAGCGUCUGGCGGAGCUGACGCCCGGGUUCAGUGGCGCAGACAUUGCUAACAUCUGUAACGAGGCUGCGCUGCACGCUGCACGGGAGGGGCACACGUCCGUCCACACGUUCAACUUUGAGUAUGCCGUGGAGCGCGUCAUUGCUGGGACUGCCAAAAAGAGCAAGAUCCUGUCAAAGGAGGAGCAGAAGGUGGUUGCGUUUCAUGAAUCGGGCCAUGCCUUGGUUGGUUGGCUGCUGGAGCACACCGAGGCUGUGAUGAAGGUCUCCAUAGCGCCACGGACAAACGCUGCACUGGGCUUUGCCCAGAUGCUCCCGAGAGAUCAGCACCUCUUUACCCAAGAGCAGCUGUUUGAGCGGAUGUGUAUGGCCCUGGGCGGCCGUGCGUCAGAGGCCAUCUCCUUCAACAAGGUCACUUCUGGGGCACAGGAUGACCUGAGGAAGGUCACCCGCGUGGCCUACUCCAUGGUGAAGCAGUUUGGGAUGGCACCCAGCAUUGGGCCCAUCUCCUUCCCCGAGGCACAGGAGGGCCUUCUGGGCAUCGGACGGCGCCCCUUCAGCCAGGGUCUCCAGCAGAUAAUGGACCACGAAGCAAAGCUGCUGGUGGCCAAGGCCUACAGACACACUGAGAAGGUGCUGCAAGACAACCUAGAUAAGCUGCAGGCGCUGGCGAAUGCCCUGCUGGAGAAGGAAGUGAUCAACUAUGAGGACAUCGAGGCCCUCAUUGGCCCCCCACCCCAUGGGCCUAAGAAGAUGAUGGCACCACAGAGGUGGCCUGAUGCCCAGCGGGAGAAGCAAGACUCUGUGGAGGAGGAGGUGGCUCAGCAGCCUCCGCUUCAAGAAGAGCCCUCGUGGCCCAAGUAGUUGGAAUUCCCUGGCUGUUCGUGCAGGUGGCCCAGGAGGUGAAGUUUUACUUAGCUCGGAGUUUCUUUGCAACUGAGAUCUGCACCUCCUUUUUUAGCCCUUGAUGGUCUCUGCCGAAGGGCUUCUGGGGUCUACGUACUGAUCUCCUAUACGUGAUUAGUAAAUUUCUUUGCGGAGAUGACUGACUGGACUUUGCAUUUGUGUAUCAUUUUCCCCUAUGGGGAAGGCUGUCAGUGCUUGUUAUGAGCAUGCUUGUAAUGGUUUUCAUGCUCCCAGGCUUACAGACACUGUCGUGACUGCGUGUGGCCCUGUUGAUCCAGCGGCAGCACAGCAGUCAGACUGAACAGUCCCCUGUUCAUGCCUGAAGCUUGUGCACGGCCUGUCCCCGUUUUUGUGGCCCCCUCAGAAUGCUAACAGGACCUGAGCCAGCUGUCCUGGUCCUCACUGGUUCUCUCAUUGUGCUCACUCAUCAACGGGGCACAGUGUUGGAACCAGGCUCCGGGCUCUAGAGGAUUCAGACACCGCCACCUCCCACUGUAUGGUCCUUUGGGGUCUGGUCAUGCUGCGUGGGGGACACCAUGGUUUUUAAUGCCCUGAUAAUUUUUGUGAUAUUUUACUAAUAAAUUCUGUGGAUGGAGAA